GGAGCACCCACGAGUCAUCUUCUCCGCGAAGCAGCUAUUAAAGUCUACAAAAGUCACCUCUCCCUCUUUCGCGUUUCAGGGGUUUCUUGGAAGCUUCACCUGCCGACCCAAGAACGCGAGCUUUCCACGAUUCAAAGGUCCGCAUGUUCUCGGUUUCGGGUAUUCCCGGAAAAUUACUCCGACCCAUUUGAUUCGAUACCCCUUCAUCGUGUGCCGCAGUGUUUCUUGAAUCCGGCAAGCUUUCUUGAGCUCGGGGAAGAACAAAGUUCUUGUCUUGACGGAGAGGAGUUUCAAUCAUGUUCCAGAAAAUGUUUACGAAGAAGAAGGACGGUGCUGUCAGCGCCAGAACGACGAUAGAUAAAUUGAGCGAGAUCGUUACCUCUGCCACGUGUCAUUGUAGACGCUCGAGAUGCUGGAGAAGAAGGAGAACUUCCUCGCGAAAAAGGCCGCUGCGGAGGUUGAAAAGGCCAAGGCGUAUACCAAGGCAAAGAAAAAGAAUGCUGCUAUUCAAUGUUUGAAGAAGAAAAAGAUGUACGAAACGCAAAUCGAACAACUAGGAAGUUAUCAGUUGCGCCUACAUGAUCAGAUGAUAAUGUUAGAAGGUGCCAAAGCCACAACAGAGACUGUUGAUGCAUUGCGAAGCGGAGCUGCUACCAUGAAGGCUAUUCACAAGGCAACGAACAUCGAAGACUUGGAUAGAACAAUGGACGAGGUCAACGAGCAGACUGAAAACAUGAAACAGAUUCAGGAGGCCUUGUCGACGCCGAUCGGUGCAGCAGCUGAUUUUGAUGAAGAUGAACUGGAAGCGGAGCUCGAAGAAUUGGAAGGGGCUGAGCUGGAGGACGAGCUUCUCGAGCCAACCACGUCUGCUCCUCCUGCUCCAGUGCAUGCUCCUGCAGUCAAGCAGCCGUCACAUCCUCGUCCAGUGAAGAACACGCCUGAGGAUGAUGAGCUCGCUGCCUUGCAGGCAGAAAUGGCUUUGUAGAGAGUUACCCAUGAUGAGAAUAGACUGUGCAGAUAAUCACGACGGCAGGAGAAAUAUCAGUACUUCUUUCUCCAGGAGCAUAGACCGUCUACUGCCGCAACUUUUUUCUACUUGAAAUGAAGUUGACUGGCUGUAACACAUUGGAUAGAUGGAUUAGGCACAUAAUACUACAUCUACUUCUAAUAAUGUAGAACCUCUCUCUCUCUCUCUCUCUCUCUCUCUCUCUCUCUCUCUCUCUCUCUCUCUCUCUCUCUGUUGUUUCUGGCUGUUGCGCAGCCUGUUGUACCAUACCAUGUAUAUGAACGUCCGGCUAUUUAUGUGGUGUAUGCUUUAACCAAAAAAGAAUUUUCUUGUUUUCAUCUUUUUCGAACACAAA